UUAAUGAUGGAAGUGGAAAAAAUAAAUAGCAUAGUUACAAAUAAUUACUACAAGGAGGAAGAGGACGAGGAUGAGGAUGAUGUUGUACUUCCAGGUUUUCGAUUUCAUCCCACUGAUGAAGAGCUUGUAGGGUUUUAUUUACGCAGGAAAAUUGAGAAAAAAACGAUUGGUUUAGAGAUUAUUAAGCAGAUCGAUAUCUAUAAAUAUGAUCCUUGGGAUCUACCAAAGGGUAGUAACAAUAAUGGAGAGAAGGAAUGGUAUUUUUUUUGCAAAAGAAGGAGAAAAUACAAAAACAGCUUAAGACCUAACAGAGUGACUGCUGGUUCUGGAUUUUGGAAAGCUACUGGUAUUGAUAGACCUAUUUACUCAUCUGGAAAAUGCAUUGGCCUGAAAAAAUCACUGGUAUAUUACCGUGGCAGCGCCGGAAAAGGCACGAAAACCGAGUGGCAGAUGCAUGAGUUUCGUCUUCCUGUAGAAAAUGAUAAAUCAACCAAACAUCUUCAUGCUAACACCAUCCCUCAAGAAGCUGAAACAUGGACUCUUUGCCGUAUCUUGAAACGAAAUGUUUUAUAUAAGAAACCAAUACCAGAUUGGAAAGAAGUGGCAAAAAAACAAAGAAACAAUUCAGUGAUGAAUAAGGAUGUUUUAAGCUCCAAAAUAUGCAGCAAUAAUAGUAUUGAAUCUUCUUCAAAUAAUUCCCAGAUUUACAUCAGUUUUAGCACUACUUCUGUUGCUAACCAGAAUACUUAUACUAAUACUGUGACAGAAAAUAAGCAUCAGUUUGUAAGCCAACAAAGCUCAGGAACCUCAUCUCAAAGUACAACUGUUGGUGCUGCAACAUCCAAUUCCAGUACUCCUCUGGACUUUAAUGAGUGGUUAGACCAUGGCAACUGGGAUGAACUUAAAUCUAUUUUCGAGCUUUCGUUUGAUCCUUUGUUUUAG